UGUAGCCAAGGAAGGACAGCCAGCCUCACACGACUCAUGUUUAGACCUGCUUCUUUAGUCUUUCUUUUUUUUUCUUCCUGACUGUGUAUCAGACUAUUUAAAUUACUCCACACCAGUAUCUUUGGCUCUUCCGUGUAAACCUACACUACACAUUUAAUUGGAUAACAGCUGUAUUCUUUAGUACUUUCCAGUACAGGCUCGAAGCGGAGGAGUAAGAUGGAGCUGAAGGGAGAGAAUCAAACAUGCGUCGUAUUUGACUUGGUUUGACACAUAUUGUGCCUCAGCAGUGUGUAAGAAUCUUCCAUUACAUGUUUGUGGAUUAAACAAAACAGCAUCUUCACAACAAAUAAAAAUGGAGGACCGUGAGAUAUGGCAACAGAAGCUUGACAAACAGCGAACACUUUUGAUGAAGAAGCAGCAAAAAAGAAGAGCUAAUAUUCAGAUGAUUACGGCAAAUCAUGAUGCUCGACCAAAGAACCGUAGGCAGAAAUCUGCAGCUGAAGACACAGCUCUGUUAAUCAGUCAGUCUCAAAGCAACACCUCCUUAAAUGACACUCAGCCAGAGCAGGGCUAUGAUAACAUGCUUGAAGAGAUCAAUCUUGAUGAAAUGACCGUUUCAUCUCCAAUGAUACCAGAGGACACAAUGCCACCGGUUCCACCUAUGAUUAAGACAAUUGACCUGGAUACAGAUAAUCAAACAACUCCCAAACACAUACCAAACACACCCAAUCAAUCAGAGGAGAAGAAAAGUACGAAAAAAAUUGUUAAGAAGACUCAAGCUAAAUUGCCUGAGCAUGAUGCUGGAGAAGGACAAGAAAAGCAAGACAAGAAAACAUUGAAGAAAAAGGAAAAGAACAAGACAGAGAAAGUGCAAACAGUUGAGACUGAUUCAGUGGUGGAGUUCAACAUUAUGGAGGAAAACAAAACUGAAAUAGAGAGUGAGGAUGAACAAAAAGGCUGGUCAAAGAGUCCAGUGCCUCCUACACCAAAGAAAAAACAACUUUUAUCUGCUUCAGCACAUCUAAAUGACUCUGAAGAUGAAACAGAAGUCAAGGAGAAUAAGAAGGAAAAUCCAAAAACACAGAAAAAGCCCCCAAAACCUAUGAAGAAUGAUUAUGAUCUUGCUUCAUUAAAUUCUAACUAUAGACGGUUCUCUUCAGAAAGUGACUCAUCAGACAUGGGAAAGUCCUCACCAGUGUCUUUAGAGGAUCUAGAACAGUUUGCUCUUCGUCCUGCGCCAAGAGAUGUGACUAUUCAGUGUAGAAUCACCAGAGACAGGAGAGGAAUGGAAAGAGGAAUCUAUCCUACAUAUUACCUCCACAUGGAGAAAGAGGAUGGGAAGAAAGUCUUUCUCAUGGCUGGAAGAAAACGUAAGAAGAGUACAACUUCAAAUUAUCUGAUCUCCAUUGAUCCUACUGAUUUAUCCCGAGAUACAAGCAACUAUAUAGGAAAACUAAGGUCAAAUGUUUUAGGGACUAAAUUCACUGUAUACGAUAAUGGAGAGAAUCCAGACAGGAAGCCAUUUGUAAAGGAGACCGAAUCACUUCGACGAGAGCUUGCAGCAAUAUGUUAUGAAAAAAAUGUGCUGGGUUUUAAAGGCCCCAGAAAAAUGACAGUGAUCAUUCCUGGCAUGCAGGAGAAUGAUGAAAGAGUCUGUAUUCGUCCAAAAACUGAGCUUGAAUCUCUUCUCACUCGUUAUGAAAAUGGUAACAAAGAGAAUUUAGUUUGCCUUGUGAACAAAUCACCGACCUGGAAUGAGCAGACGCAGUCUUAUGUGCUCAACUUCCAUGGACGUGUUACACAGGCAUCUGUCAAGAACUUUCAGAUUGUUCAUCCUGACAAUGAGGACUACAUUGUUAUGCAGUUUGGAAGGGUGGCAGAAGAUGUGUUCUCCAUGGACUACAGCUUUCCCUUGUGUGCACUACAAGCUUUUGCCAUCACUUUGUCCUCAUUUGAUGGCAAACUUGCUUGUGAAUAAAUACACAGUUUUAAAUUAGAUUAGUUCUUUUUUAAUUGCUGGUACCACUUCUGUUGACCUAUAGUCAAAGUUCUUUACUUAUUGAUGUAAAAGUUUAGUUAUUUAUGUAUUCUUUACAAUACAGCGUAUAAUAUAUU